AUGGAUGAAGAAAGUAGACAUGAAAGUCCUAAUAAUGUUAUUUGUAGUGGGCAACCUAUAUUAUUCAAUGAACAUGAUACUGUAUCUUUGUAUUCAGGAAAGACCUUUACGUCGUGGGAAGAAUGUGAACAAUUUUUGAAUGAAUGGGCAAAGAGUCAAGAACCAUUCUUGGUUGCUGAUAAAUUUAUACAAAAUGAUCAACAACAUUUUUCUUAUGAUUUUAAUGAUUCUUCAAGUUUAUGUUUAUUUAAUCGGAAUAAUAGGGAAAUUGAUGAAGAAAGAUUGACAAUUCUUGAACAAAAAAUUACAUAUGGCAAAUUACACAGAAUGUAUAAGAAGGCUCUGAACAAGGCAUUGCAGUCUAAUUCUAAAUCAGAGCAACUCAUCAAUUUAUUACAAAACUUUGCAGAGGAAGAAGAAUCAAAUCCAUCAGAUUCUGAUGAAUUAGAGUUGCAACAAGAAAUCAUUACAGGCACAAAACGCUUUAAAUCUUCUUGUGAAGCAAAUAAAACCAAAUCAAAAACACAACGUCAUUGUAAAAGAUGUGGGUUGGCCGGUCAUUAUCAAAAGAAUUGCAAGGAAGAAGCAGUUAAUAACUAG